AUGCCUCCGAAGAAGUCGCGCUCCGGCCCUCCCGCGCCCGAGCCGCGCGAACGCUUGACCCUGGCAAAACUGGCCAGCUAUGACGAUGUCGCAACCGAUGCGCUGGUGGACCACGCCUACUUCUGGACUACCAUUCGCAAGAACCGCACCAAGUACAACCCGGCCCGCGGAAUCCACGACGACGAGAUUGCAAGCAUCAUGCUUCACGAUGUCAUUGUCGCCAAGAACGCCCCGCAAGCCGAGAACAAGCUGCUGAAUAUCUCGGGACUAAAGAAAUACAUGAACACUCUGCGCAGCCCCCGCGAGCAGGAGUGGUUCCGUCGACACCUGCGCAAAUACAUUCAAAUCUACCUCCCCGACUCCCCGUUCGAAGUGACCACAACCAACCGCUACAUCAUCACGCAGCACGAAGCUGCCAUCUGCGCUCGCAAGUUCAUCAAAGCUGGCCAGGAGAUCAAAUACCUGAGUGGAACCCUUGUGGCUAUGACCCAUGAGGAAGAGAUGGACCUGGACCUGACCCGCAAGGACUUCAGCAUUGUGAUGUCGAGCCGCCGCAAGGCACCUGCUUUCUUCUUGGGCCCUGCCCGCUUCGCUAACCAUGACUGUAACGCAAACAGCCGUCUGACAACUCGUGGCUCCGAGGGCAUGUCGGUCGUUGCUGUGCGAGACAUUCACGAGGGCGAGGAGAUCACGGUCUCUUACGGCGAGGAUUAUUUCGGCAUCGACAACUGCGAAUGCCUGUGCUUUACCUGCGAACGCGCCGUUCGCAAUGGCUGGUCGCCGCAGACCGACUCCAACUCUGACAGCAAAGAGUCCAGCCCCGCUUCAAUCGACGAGCCUGUGUCUGUGGAGACUUCCAUUGGGAGCAAGAAGCGCCGACGCAAUUCCGACCUGGAGUCAGAGAUCUCGACGCCCACCACUUCCACCCCGCGCAAGCGAACGAAGUUCCAGCACCAGGUUUCGAAGUUGCGCGAAGAGAUCUCUGUCUCUGAGUUGGCAGGCGAUUCGACUGAGACGAUGACUCCUGCGACCCCGGAAUCGGAUGUGAACAGUUCUGCGAUUCUGGCCCCAAUCAAAGGGGUGAAGCAGGAGGCCAACGGCAGGGAAACUGAGGGAUCGAUCGCUGAGAAACCAGCACAUUCCGAGAGCUCAGCCACCGUGGAGUUGGAUCAGGGAGAAUCAAUGGUUAUGGGCAAUGGAUAUGACCCUCCCAGUGAAGCUAACGAAGUCACCACUCAAUCCACUGCCCCCACUGAUUGCGAAUCUCCCAGCUCCCAGGCAGAUGAAUCCCACCGGUCAACCUCCAGCACCCCUACCUCUGUCGACAUUGGAACCAAGAUCCAGCCCGCAGAGGUCAUCGGAUCAGAGCAGACGGACACCGAGGCCACCCAUGCAGAAGGCCACCCGGAUGCUUCCUUUACAGGUCAGCCAGAUGCAAAGCCCCUCCUACAGGACAAUAACACCCAGGAUGAACUGUCGGACUUAUUUGAAUCGUUUGAACUAGACGAUAUCCUCAUGACAGUCGUCAAGAAGCAGAAGCCGCGCAAGACCCGCAAGCGCAAGCGCCACAUCGUCGCCUCCGUCGAGACUGAGCUGCAGUUUGCCCGAGUGCCUGGCGACUACACCCGAACGUCGCGGCUGCUCGCCCAGCGCUACGACCGCUGGGUCGACUGCCAGACCUGCGACUCGUGGUUCGUCCAGUCCAAUUCGUACCUGACGCGCCGCGAAUGCCCCCGCUGCGAGCGCCACUCCAAGUUGUACGGAUACCAGUGGCCACAGACCGAAAUGGGCCCAGAUGGCGAAGAGCGCGUCAUGGACCACCGCACCGUCCAUCGCUUCUUGUCCCCCGACACUGCCCGCGCCUCGCGCCGCGACCGUGGUGUCAGCUCCGUCGUCACGCCUACCCCCGAACUCUCCGAUGCGCGCACCGAGACCGAAACCAGCGAUGCGAAUGAGUCUCGCCGCAACACGCGCGCAAGCCGUCGCCGCAACCGUGAACUUCGCAUGACCAUGUAA